CUUCCAGCUGCUUGCAACACCCACUGCUUUCCUAAGGAGGAAUGUCCACACCAGUCUUGCAUUCAGCAAUGCUCCUUUUCUGUCCCACUCUGUCCCCAACCUCCUUCCCUGCUGAUACCAGUCGCUUCCACGUUCUCUGCUUGUCCACGUGCUUGACCAGCGCAGUUUCACUUUUGCAAACAUCUGUUUAUAUCCCUUGAGAGAAAAAUAUCAAGCAGCCUGCCUCAAGGACGCCGUUUUGGGUCGGUGAACAAGGGCAGCUUCCGAUGGAUAAUUACACAGUGGCCCCGGAGGAUGAAUAUGAUGUCCUCAUAGAAGAUGACCUGGACAACACUGGGCCAGACCAAGUUCCCACCCCUGAGUUCCUUUCCGCCCAGCAGGUGCUACGGUUCUGCUGCACGGUGUUUGCGGUGGGUCUCCUGGACAACGCGCUGGCGGUGUUUAUCUUGGUGAAAUACAAAGGACUCAAGAAUCUGGGGAACAUCUACUUUCUAAACCUGGCACUUUCAAAUUUGUGUUUCCUGCUUCCCCUGCCCUUUUGGGCACAUACUGCAGCACAUGGGGAAAGCCCUGGCAAUGGAACUUGUAAAGUUCUUGUUGGACUCCACUCCACCGGCUUGUACAGUGAGGUGCUUUUCAACACCCUCCUCCUCCUGCAAGGAUACAAGGUGUUUUCCCAAGGGCGACUGUCCUCCAUCUUCACGACAGUGUCUGGCGGGAUUGUUACAUGUGUCCUGGCAUGGGUCAUGGCUACUGCACUCUCUUUGCCUGAAUCUGUGUUUUAUGAGCCUCGGAUGGAAAGACAGAAACACAAAUGUGGCUUUGGCAAACCUCACUUCUUGCCAAUUGAAGCGCCGUUCUGGAAGCAUGUUCUGACGUCAAAGAUGAACAUCUUGGUACUUGCUUUUCCUCUGCUGGUUUUUAUAUUCUGCUGCGGGCAAAUGAGGAAAAAGCAGAGCUUCAGGGAGAGGCAGUGCGACCUCCGCAAGCCGGCUCUUGUCGUUACCGGUGUGUUCCUUUUGAUGUGGGCGCCCUACAAUAUUGUGCUUUUCCUGUCUGCUUUCCAGGAACACUUGUCCUUGCAGGACGAAAAGAGCAGCUACCAUCUGGAUGCCAGUGUUCAGGUCACACAGCUCAUUGCGACCACCCACUGCUGCGUCAACCCGUUCCUCUAUUUGCUUCUUGACAAGGCCUUUACGAGAUAUCUCUGCAGCCUGCUCCCAAGGUGCAAUGAUAUCCCAUAUCAAAGUAAUAGGGACUCUCAGCAAGCGACGCCAAGGGAAGGUCAUGGCAGACCCAUUGAACUGUACAGUACUUUGCAUCAAAGGCAGGAUAUAUAAACACUCAUCCUUGUCUCUUCACAUUAUUUUAUGUAAUUUUUAUGUUUGUAUAAAAAUAGAAUAUAAGAGGAAAGAGGGCUGGUUAAUGAAUAUUUACUACUAAGCAUUGGAAUUUGUCUCUGGUGCAGGGCUAAGCUGUUUAUAAAGAUGAAUUCUACUCUUCCUCUUCAGUGCUUGUCCACAGUGUGGGCAUGGGUGGUGUGAGUUCCAUCAACUGAAGCUCGGUAGUUGUCCAGAGUUAUGCAACUAUAAAGUGAUAAAACUGAUAUGUAAGCCCAGAGAUCACUGGCCCCAGAGCCUGUGAGUUAUCCAAGUGUGCCAGGCUUUCAGUAAACUGUCAGUCAGCAGUGAUGGCAUGUCUCUAAUCCCAGCACUCUAGGAGGCAAAGGCUGGUGGAAUCUCACAAAUGCAAGUAUAACCUG